AGUGUUAGCUCUAACCCUGUGAAAAUAUGCAAGAGCACAAGUUUUCGACGUUCUUCGAGCCUUUCAAAAUCAAAUCUGUUGAGAAACUCAAGCAAACAACGCGAGACGAACGAAUCAAGCAUCUGAAACAAGCCAACUACAAUUUGUAUCUCUUGGACUCAGAGAACAUCAUGAUUGACCUGCUGACCGAUUCAGGGACUGGGGCGAUGAGUUCUGAACAGUGGGCAGCGGUAAUGCUUGGAGACGAGUCGUACGCAGGCUCCCCUAGUUACAUAAAGUUUGAAAAGGUCGUCAAGGAGAUCUUUGGCUAUCGUCACGUGAUCCCCACGCAUCAAGGGCGCGCUGCUGAGCGCAUUCUCUUCCGGUGCACAAUAAAGGAAGGAGAUAUCGUUCCUAACAACGCACACUUUGCGACUACUUUGGCCAACAUCGAAGCGCAGGGGGGGCACGCGAUCAAUUUUUUGACACCCGAAGCUAUGGAGCCGAGUACAGAUAUGCCAUUUAAGGGUAACAUGAAUAUAGGAAUGCUAGAAGAAAAGGUCGCUAAGAGUAAGGCCAGAAUCCCACUUGUUAUGAUCACCAUAACCAAUAACAUGGUUGGAGGUGAGCCUGUUAGCAUGGAGAAUAUCAAGGCGGUCUCAAAACUAUGUCGAGCUCAUGGUAUUCCGCUGUUCUUCGAUGCCUGUCGUUUCGCUGAGAACGCUUGGUUCAUCAAGAUCAAAGAAGAAGGCUAUGCCAAUCGCACACCCAAAGAAAUCGCGCAUGAAAUCUUCUCAUACGGCGAUGGUUGCACUAUGUCCGCAAAGAAAGACGGCCUAGCAAACAUUGGGGGAUUUUUGGCAAUGAACGACUCGGAACUCGCCGCACAAUGCCGGAAAGAGCUCUUGAUAACCGAAGGGUUUACGACGUACGGUGGACUCGCCGGUCGCGAUCUCGAAGCAAUUGCCGUGGGAUUAAACGAGGUCUUAGAAGAGGACUACUUGCGUUAUCAAGUUGGCUUCGUGAAGUUUUUGGGGGACUUACUCGUAGAGAACCAUGUUCCGAUUGUCACGCCCCCAGGAGGUCACGCGGUGUAUAUCGACGCAGGUGCAAUGCUGCCUCACAUCCCCAGGGAACAAUUUCCCGCGUGGGCCCUCGGGUGUGCCCUUUAUGUCGAGGGAGGUAUCCGAGGGGCUGAAGUUGGCGGGGUGAUGCUGGGAACGGCCAAAAAUGGCAAGGAGUCUUCCGCAGUGAGUGAGAAUACAGAGGAUGAAGUAAACACUGAUGAAGAAGAUGAUGAGGUUUUUGAAACUGAAGUGGAGGAGCAUGAAGAGCUGUUCCGUCUGGCCAUUCCUCGCCGCACCUACACUGAGUCUCAUAUCAGGUGAGCCCUUCACUUAUAAAGUGUAACAUUAAUUCUUAUAGUGUGGUAAUUUAGUAUUAUAAACUGAGUUGAUAACGUGAAUUAGCCACCAUAAAGAGUUUUUAAGCUGACGUUUCAAGCGUUAGCCCUUCAUCGGAGCGUAGCUUCACCCUUCGCUCUGUCGAAUGGCUAACGCUCGAAACGUCAGCUUUAAAUGCCUUUGUGGUGGCUAAUUUACGUUAUCAACUCAUUUGAUAAUACUAAAUUACCCUGUUAAACUCUCCCACCGACCAAAUGUGUCACGUGGCACAUUCCUAUCCAGUCCUUAUGUCAAGUGAUCAAGCGCGAGUCUGACACGUGCUGUUCACAAAGGCGUAGGCGUUUGAAAAGUUUCGUAUCUGAUUGGAUGAGGGUAACUGCCGCGAGAAAAUCGUGAAAGAAUGCUCUCAUGUCGACUUUAAAAGCAUUUAACCUUAAUGUUAUUAUGCUUUCCUCAAGUAAACGUCUCUUGAAAUCCUAACUCUGCCCACCAAGGAAAAGGAUGGAAGAAUUCAAAAUUUCCUUGUUCCCUUUUUAGGCUUUUCAAGGGGGAUUCCUACUUACUAACAUGUACCAAUAAUUGUAUAAAUCCUCUUUACAGAUAUGUUGCAGAGGUCUGUGCCCAUAUUUACAGGAACCGCUCUAAGGUUUGCGGCUAUACCAUUGCGUGGGAACCACCCUGGUUGCGUCAUUUCACCGCUCAUCUGGAACCCAUUCCACCGCCGUCAGAGGCUUCUGAGGAAACAGAUAAAGUGCGCCGUCCGUCAGCCGUAAAGGUGUCCAGUGGUCAAGUGUUGAGGAGACGAAAAAAUUCAUCAAUGCAGUUUAGUUAAUAUGAUUUGAGACCCAGUAAUUAACUAAUUCCGAUGAAUUUUGAUGUUAUGACGUACGCGAUUUGAUUUUAGGGGAAUAGUAAUGGCUGCGAGGGCACUUGGUUUUAUUUUACUGGGUAUGUGCCGCUGACCUCUCAGAUCCCCUGCCCCAUUAUAGUCUAUACUGUGGCGGGGGUGCUUGGGUCUAUUUUACUGGGUAUGUACCGCUGGUAUCUCAGAUCCCCUGCCCCACCAUAGUCUAUACUGUGGCCAAUUGUAGACGUAAAGCCUGCUUACCCCCAAAAAUCCCAAAAAUAUGCCACCCGAUUCUUGUAACUCUAACAAAAUUCAACCCCAUUACAGUCAAUUUAGUCGUAAAAAUGCGACUCUAUCUAUCGGCACAUCCCUAUUAGCCUAUUUCUUGGAAGUGCCCUCAUCGGAUGAUGGAAACUCCCUAGAAACAAGCCUUGCUUGCUGCGCAGGUAUAAUACCUUUCAGUCACCCGAUGUAAAGAAUUUUGAAUCUGUUUUAAAUAAAAUUCUUACUAAAAAUUUUUAAUCGUAAUAAGAUUGUUUAAUAGGUAACGCAAACUUGUUGCAGUUUACACUAUGAUAAAGAAAAGAGGAAACAUUUAUAGAUAAGAAAGUCUAAGAACGACGUAUUUGAAGAAAUUUAUUUACUUGUUAUGUAUUAAGAC